ACGAGAGUCGCCAUAGUAGAAAAGCAAAGCGUUUUCUAUACAAUGAAUCUAAAUAUAGCCUGACCUCACGCGAGCUGCAGCGAUGAGGCGUGAGCUUACUUUUUUUGCAUCAAGCCGAGCCACAGAUUUCAAAGAUUUCGAGAGAUAUCGAUAACCUAGGCGAUAUACAAGAAGAGAGACUCACAUCGAAAACUUCUCUCUCAUUCCUUUCCCGCUUCUCCGUCUCAAAAAGCCAUCGAAGAACUUCUCAAGCGCCAGGCUUUGAAACCUUCGAUUGCGAAGCAAGCUCACCCGACUUCGGGGAUCCAACAGAUAAGGAAAUAUCUGGGAUCAUAAACUCGAAGCCCGAUAUUCGUUUCUUUCACGCCAGUUUCUCGGUCAUCCCAUAAUUUCCGCAAUCAAGAUGAUAUUCCUGCCUUCAUAUCUCAAAUUGGGUCUCACAGCCGGAGAACCUCUGGGGACGCCGCUCCCAGUGAUUUUAUGUCUUCAUGGAGGCGGGAGUAACGCAACAGGUAUAUCUCAUCUCUUAAAAUCCCAUUUCCCGAACCCAUUAAAAUUUUACAAUCCUUCUUGAAUCACGAGUUUCACCUCCUCCCCCAAUCGAUAGACUCUCUUUUUCGGAGGAGACCAUGAAAAGAUACUGAUAGGAAGGUUAGUAUUCAACAUCCAAUCUCUCCGCAUCCAACGCCUCCUCUCAAAUACCUUCACGUUCGUCUUCCUCGACGGACCCAGCGUCACAUCCGCAGGCGCAGGCGUGAUACCAACCUUCCAAGGCUGCGACCCCUACUUCCGCUGGUUCAAAGGCGACAGAGACAUCAACAUCAUGCCAUCAGAAACCCGUUCUCAGGUCUCGCGUGCUCUAACAUUCAUCAACUCCGAGCCCGAACUCGGCUCCGUCGUCGCCUUCCUAGGAUUCAGCCAAGGAGGCAAACUCGGCGCCGGUCUCCUCUGGGAACAGAUGCUCAAAGGAACGGAAUCGGGAUGGGAUUUCAAAUUCGGGAUCAUUUGCAAUGCGAUCUCGCCGCCGAUGACGGAGAUCAGGGGCGAGGAUGAGGGGAAGCGAGUGCAGAUUCCGACGCUGCAUGUUGUGGGCUUGGAGGACGAGUGGAGGGAGAGUAGUCGGAGUUUAUUUGGGGGCUUUUUUGAUGGGGCGAGGAGUAAGAAGAUGGAGUUUGGGGUUGGUCAUAGGCUUCCCACUGCGGAGAAUGAGACGAAGGACGUUGCUGAUGAGAUUUUGAGGAUUUGGGGGGAGAUUAAGGAGGGAGCGUGAAUAGUAAGCGAAGGAGUGAGUUCUCGGGGUUGUAGAAUUCGAAAGAUCUGACACAUUUACUCGUGUACACAAGCUUACUAUAGAGAGAUAUUUUAGGUAGAUGGUUUAAUGAAAAGUAGAUGGCUUUCCACGGA